CGCGCGCGCGAGCGACGGCCACAGGUACGCGGGCAAGAUGGCGGCGGCGGUGGCGGGGAUGGACUGCGCGAUGGAGGUGGUGCCGGCGCUGGCGGAGGAGGCCGCGUCCGAGGCGCCGGGCCUCAGCUGUCUCGUCAGCCUGCCGGGCGAGGUGCUGGAGUACAUCCUGUGCAGCGGCUCGCUGACGGCCGCCGACAUCGGCCGCAUUUCCAGCACCUGCCGGCGGCUGCGCGAGCUGUGCCAGAGCAGCGGGAAGGUGUGGAAGGAGCAGUUCCGGGUGAGGUGGCCUUCCCUUAUGAAACACUACAGCCCCACCGACUACGUCAAUUGGUUGGAAGAAUAUAAAGUUCGGCAAAAAGCUGGGUUAGAAGCCCGGAAGAUUGUAGCCUCAUUCUCAAAGAGGUUCUUUUCAGAGCACGUCCCUUGUAAUGGUUUUAGCGACAUUGAGAAUCUUGAGGGACCAGAGAUAUUUUUUGAGGACGAACUGGUGUGUAUCCUAAAUAUGGAAGGAAGAAAAGCUUUGACCUGGAAAUACUACGCAAAAAAAAUUCUCUACUACCUACGACAACAGAAAAUCUUAAAUAAUCUUAAGGCUUUUCUUCAGCAGCCUGAUGACUAUGAAUCAUAUCUUGAAGGUGCCGUGUAUAUUGACCAAUACUGCAAUCCUCUCUCUGACAUCAGCCUCAAAGACAUCCAGGCCCAGAUUGACAGCAUCGUAGAGCUUGUUUGCAAAACCCUCCGGGGCAUAAACAGUAGACACCCCAGCUUGGCCUUCAAGGCAGGUGAAUCCUCCAUGAUAAUGGAAAUAGAACUCCAGAGUCAAGUGCUGGAUGCCAUGAACUAUGUCCUUUAUGACCAACUGAAGUUCAAGGGGAACCGAGUGGAUUACUAUAAUGCCCUAAACUUAUAUAUGCACCAGGUUUUGAUCCGCAGAACAGGAAUCCCAAUCAGCAUGUCUCUUCUCUACUUAACAAUUGCCCGGCAAUUGGGGGUCCCACUGGAACCUGUCAACUUCCCGAGUCACUUCUUACUCAGGUGGUGUCAAGGAGCAGAAGGGGUGACCCUGGACAUCUUUGACUACGUCUACAUAGAUGCUUUUGGGAAAGGCAAACAGCUGACAGUGAAGGAGUGUGAAUACUUGAUCGGCCAGCACGUGACAGCAGCAUUGUAUGGGGUAGUCAAUGUAAAGAAGGUCUUACAGCGAAUGGUGGGGAACCUUUUAAGCCUGGGAAAGCGGGAAGGCAUUGACCAGUCGUACCAGCUCCUGAGAGACUCACUCGAUCUGUAUCUGGCAAUGUACCCAGACCAGGUGCAGCUUCUCCUCCUUCAAGCCAGGCUCUACUUCCACCUGGGAAUCUGGCCAGAGAAGUCUUUCUGUCUUGUCUUGAAGGUGCUUGACAUCCUCCAGCACAUCCAGACCCUAGACCCGGGGCAGCACGGGGCGGUGGGCUAUCUGGUGCAGCACACGUUAGAGCACAUUGAGCGCAAGAAGGAGGAGGUGGGCGUGGAGGUGAAGCUCCGCUCCCAUGAGAAGCACAGAGAUGUCUGCUACUCCAUUGGGCUUAUUAUGAAACACAAGAGGUAUGGCUACAACUGUGUGAUCUAUGGCUGGGACCCCACCUGCAUGAUGGGACACGAGUGGAUCCGCAAUAUGAAUGUCCACAGCCUGCCUCACGGCCAUCACCAGCCUUUCUAUAACGUGCUGGUGGAGGAUGGCUCCUGCAGAUACGCAGCCCAAGAAAACUUGGAAUAUAAUGUGGAGCCUCAAGAAAUCUCACACCCUGAUGUCGGACGCUAUUUCUCAGAGUUUACUGGCACUCACUACAUCCCCAAUGCAGAGCUAGAAAUUCGAUAUCCAGAGGACCUGGAGUCGGUCUAUGAAACAGUGCAGAAUAUUUACAGUGCAAAGAAAGAGAACGUGGAGUAAAGUCUAGUAGAGACAUUGUACCUUUCCUGCUGCUGUCUCCCAAGAGAACAGGGUUCCGGGAGAAGCCUCCAUGGACCCUCUGGAUCCCCACCCCCAGGAAGGCCACUACCCAGUAGUGCGGGUUGCCGCCUCCUCAGUUUAAACGGUGUGCACUCUCCUCCAGCUGCAAAGACAGUGUUGCUCUCCGCCUACACUAGUGAAUUCAUGCAAAAGGCACUGUGUUCAGUGGCAUGGCUCGUAUGCUUGUCCUGUGGUGACAGUUUGUGACAUUCUGUCCUCAUGAGGUCUCACAGUCGGCACUCUUUUUUAUUCACUUUCCAUCGUGUCUGUCUGUAUUUGUCUCCAAACAUUUCAUUUGCUAGGCAGAUGGGGUUACAUUUUGCAAUAAUUUCUGCCUGAUUUCUCUGUGGGACAUGUGCAGUCCUCUGUCAGGAUUGUCUUCUUACCCUGAACUUAGUUGCUUCUUGAGAGGCAGAGCUGUGAGUGAGCCUGGCAUCAUCUUGAACAUGGAGACACUAUAACAAACUAACAAUAAUCUAAGACGUUUGAGGGUUUUUUUUCCCUAAUAUUUGCAGCAG